CAGGGAGAGGAUUUCUGGGUUUACGUCGACGUGUCAGCUAAGGAAGUGGAGUGGUUGGCUGCAGCCUUCCAGCAAGCUAAACCGACCGUAUUAGAAAAUACCUAGUUGGCAUAACACUGCUAUAAAGAACUGAAUCGUUGAUGAAAAAUUGUUGGAUUUUCCAGGCUUUUAUAAGUCAGCUUCUUGAAUCAUUGUCUGUGGAAGUGCAGUAGCGUUUCUGGAAGAUGUUGACCAAAUUUGAGACAAAAUCGGCCCGUGUUAAAGGGCUUAGUUUCCACCCGAAGAGACCAUGGAUUCUUGCCAGUUUGCACAACGGAGUCAUUCAACUGUGGGAUUACCGCAUGUGCACCUUGAUUGACAAAUUCGACGAGCAUGACGGUCCAGUCCGAGGGAUUGACUUUCACAAGCAGCAGCCCUUGUUUGUGUCUGGAGGAGAUGACUACAAAAUCAAGGUAUGGAACUACAAAUUAAGGCGAUGUCUGUUCACACUGCUUGGACACUUGGAUUAUAUCCGGACUACCUUUUUCCACCAUGAGUAUCCCUGGAUUUUGAGUGCAUCAGAUGACCAGACCAUCCGCAUCUGGAAUUGGCAGUCUCGUACUUGUGUCUGUGUCUUGACGGGUCACAAUCACUAUGUGAUGUGUGCUCAGUUCCACCCCUCAGAGGACCUGGUGGUGUCAGCCAGCCUGGAUCAGACUGUGCGCGUGUGGGAUAUCUCUGGUUUGAGGAAGAAGAACCUCUCCCCAGGCGCCGUGGAGACAGAAGUGCGAGGGCUCACAGGAGUGGAUUUGUUUGGGGCCUCUGAUGCUGUAGUGAAACACGUUCUUGAGGGUCACGACCGCGGGGUUAACUGGGCCGCCUUCCAUCCCACCAUGCCCCUCAUCGUCUCAGGAGCGGAUGACCGCCAGGUCAAGAUCUGGAGGAUGAAUGAGUCCAAAGCCUGGGAGCUGGACACCUGCAGGGGACAUUACAACAAUGUGUCCUGUGCCGUCUUCCACCCCCGCCAGGAGCUAAUCCUGUCCAACUCUGAGGACAAGAGCAUCCGCGUGUGGGACAUGUCCAAGAGGACCGGUGUGCAGACCUUCCGCAGGGACCACGACCGCUUCUGGGUGUUGGGGGCUCACCCUAACCUCAACCUCUUUGCUGCAGGGCAUGACAGUGGGAUGCUGGUGUUUAAGCUGGAGCGGGAGAGGCCGGCCUACGCUGUGUACGGCAACAUGCUGUACUACGUGAAGGACCGCUUCCUGCGCCAGCUGGACUUCAACAGCAGCAAAGACACGGCUGUCAUGCAGUUGCGCAGUGGGUCCAAGUUCCCCGUGUUCAGCAUGUCUUACAACCCGGCCGAAAAUGCUGUUCUGCUGUGUACUAGAGCCACUAAUCUGGAGAACAGCACAUACGACCUUUACUCCAUCCCACGUGAGAGUGACUCCCAAAACCCUGAUGCUCCUGAAGGCAAGCGCUCUUCUGGUCUGACGGCUGUGUGGGUAGCCAGGAACAGAUUUGCCGUUUUGGACCGCAUGCACUCGCUGUUGAUCAAGAACCUGAAGAAUGAGAUCGUGAAGAAGGUGCAGGUUCCGAGCUGCGAGGAGAUCUUUUACGCGGGGACGGGCUCUCUGCUGCUGCGCGACCCUGACGGAGUCACGCUGUUCGACGUGCAGCAGAAACGCUCCCUCGCCACCGUCAAGAUCGCCAAGGUCAAGUACGUGGUGUGGAGCACCGACACCAGCCACGUGGCCCUGCUAGCCAAACACGCCAUCAUGAUCUGCAACAGGAAGCUGGAGAGCCUGUGCAACAUCCAUGAGAACAUCCGUGUGAAGAGCGGCGCCUGGGACGAGAGCGGCGUCUUCAUCUACACCACCUCCAACCACAUCAAAUACGCCCUCACCUCAGGUGAUCACGGCAUCAUCCGUACGCUGGACCUUCCCAUCUACGUGACGCGUGUGCGGGGAAACAGCGUGUACUGCCUGGACCGCGAGUGUCGCCCUCGUGUGCUCAACAUCGACCCCACCGAGUAUCGCUUCAAACUGGCGCUGGUCAGCCGCAAAUACGAGGAGGUGUUGCACAUGGUACGUAAUGCUAAGCUGGUGGGCCAGUCCAUCAUUGCCUACCUGCAGAAGAAGGGCUAUCCGGAGGUGGCGCUGCACUUCGUGAAGGACGAGAAGACCCGCUUCAGCCUGGCUCUGGAGUGUGGCAACAUUGAGGUGGCGCUGGAGGCUGCUAAGGCCCUAGAUGAGCGCAGCUGCUGGGAGCGUCUGGGAGAGGCCGCACUGCUGCAGGGUCACCACCAGGUGGUGGAGAUGUGCUACCAGAGGACCAAGAACUUUGACAAGCUCACCUUCCUCUACCUUAUCACUGGCAACCUGGCCAAGCUUCGCAAGAUGAUGAAGAUCGCUGAGAUCAGGAAGGACAUGAGUGGACACUACCAGGGAGCCCUGUACCUGGGAGACGUCAGUGAGAGAGUGCGCAUCCUGAAGAACUGUGGACAGAAGUCUCUGGCCUACCUGACUGCCGCCACCCAUGGCCUGGAUGAGGAGGCGGAGGCCCUGAAGGAGACCUUUGACCUUGAGAAGGAAGUGAUUCCAGAGGUGGACUCCAAUGCCCAGCUGUUGCAGCCCCCUCCUCCCAUCAACCCCUUGGACACCAACUGGCCCCUGCUCACUGUCUCCAAGGGCUUCUUUGAGGGAGCCAUCGCUGCCAAAGGUAAAGCUGGUCAGAUGGCUGCAGACCCGGACAUGGAGGCCCCAGGAGGAGAGGGCUGGGGAGAAGAUGCCGAACUGCACCUGGAUGAAGAUGGCUUUGCUGAUGCCCAGGAUGUGUUGGGUGAUGAGGCAGGCAGCAGGAAGGAGGAGGGAGGCGGUUGGGAUGUAGAGGAGGAUCUAGACUUGCCUCCAGAGCUGGAGCUGGCUGCUGGUGCAGGAGGCGGAGAUGAGGAGGGCUUCUUUGUUCCGCCCACCAAGGGCAUGAGCCCCGCCCAGAUGUGGUGCAACAACUCCCAGCUGGUUGUGGACCACCUUCUGGCAGGGUCCUUCGAGACCGCCAUGAGGCUGCUGCACGACCAGGUGGGUGUGGUGUGCUUCGAGCCCUACAAGCAGCUCUUCAUGCAGACGCUGUCGCGCGGCCGCACCGCCUACCUGGGCCUGCCCUCGCUGCCCUGCCUGCGCGGCCACCCGCUGCGCAACUGGAAGGACGCGGGCGUCAAGGGUGGCCUUCCGGCCGUGGGCUUGCGCCUGGCCGACCUCAUCUCCCGCCUGCAGCAAUGCUACCAGCUCACCACGGCGGGGCGCUUCGAGGAGGCCGUUGAGCGCUUCCGCGUCAUCAUGCUGUCCGUACCGCUGCUGGUGGUCGACAACAAGCAGGAGAUCGCAGAGGCUCAGCAACUUAUCACCAUCUGCAGAGAGUACAUUGUUGGGCUCACCAUGGAAACGGAAAGGAAGAAGCUUCCAAAAGAGACCCUUGACCACCAGAAGAGGCUGUGUGAGAUGGCGGCGUACUUCACGCACUGUAACCUGCAGCCAGUUCACAUGGUCCUGGUGCUGCGCACAGCUCUCAACCUCUUCUUCAAGCUGCGCAACUUCAAGACCGCGGCUGGCUUCGCACGGCGCUUGCUUGAGCUGGGCCCCAAACCAGAGGUGGCACAACAGACAAGGAAGAUACUGGCUGCGUGUGAGAAGACUCUGACAGACGCACACCAGCUGAACUACGACCCCCACAAUCCGUUUGACCUGUGCGCCGCCUCUUACACUCCGCUGUACCGUGGUCGGCCAGUGGAGAAGUGCCCCCUGUCGGGAGCCUGUUACUGUCCCACGUACAAGGGGCAGAUCUGCAGGGUCACACAGGCAACGGAGAUCGGAAAGGACGUGAUUGGUCUGCGUGUCAGCCCCCUGCAGUUCCGUUAGAGGGAAGAGAAGGGAACGCUACAGGUCCAUCUAGCGGUGCCAGUGCCCAGGCUGGCACAUUCGAUUAUGUCAGAAAACGAAAUGCCUUUUUUUCCCCCACUGGCUUUCUUUCCUCUGCUUCUCUGGUUUUCCACACUCAUCUGCAUUUAUAGAAGGAACUGGCACCACUGAUCUCCAGUGCUAGAGUAGAGUUGUGACCAGUUGUGUACAGUAUCAAAUAAACAACCUAUUUUCUGUCUGUGUCAAUACAAACCCUGGCUACCCAUCUGUGUUUUGCCUGACACCCAUGUAUUUAUCAAGAGAGUUGACACCUGUUCAGGACACAACUUAACCUUAACUUGUAGACUUAAUGCUCCAGUUGAAAUGAUAAGUAAGUAAUGUUUUAUAAUGCAUUCCACAUUGAUUCCACACAUGGAUCAUAUAAGUUCAUUUGGCUUCUUGAAGAUUAUGGUAGCUCAUAUGAAUACAUAUUGUUUUGGUCAGGCUCUUUUAUGAAAAAGACAUCAAAUGUAUUACUUUGCUAUUUCUUCUUCUGCAAACACGGAAAUAAAUGCUUGGCCUCUCA